AUGGCUGCAGCGUUGGAAUGCUGGUCGAGCCGUGGCGGCAACAACGACGAGGACAUGGUGGAGCAGGUUCUCAUGCAGAGAUCAGAAGGUCCAACGGUUCAAGCGAAGGACUCAUCUUUGGUUCAGAAGAAGCUUCAGAAGCUCACACGCAACGUUUCCGAGGCCAUAGCAUCAAUCAAGAACACCCUCAACCUUAACAUGAACACCAACCUCGACUCUUCGAAACUCGAUGCUUCUCGCAAUGUCGUGUGGGGAACCGUUGUUCGUAACCUCACACAGCUUUACCCUGGUAGCCAGCUCCCCGAGAAGCUCAUGUCCAACAUUCGCAAGCACUAUGAUUCCUUGCCUCUCAGUUAUUCUCAGGCGGGGUUUGAUGUGAAAGAUGUGUUUCUUCACAUGAAGCUGAUGGAGCAAGCUAUGGAAGAUGAACAGGCUGCGAUUUUGAUUCAGGAGGAGUGUGAUGGUGAGAUUCAGCUUCAGGGGUCUUUGUUCAAGUUGACAUUUGCUUGCAACUCUCCAAUAUCGUGGCCUGCUAUGUCGGGUGCGUUGGAUAGUUCCUCUAUUUGCUGCAAGAAGAUUCAGAUCUUUGAGAAGAAAGGUUUAACCCUUGGUAUUGUUCUUCUUCUUGUUCUGUCUGGGGCUGGCCAAGAUAAGUUGGUCAGGACCCGGGUUGAAAAUGCUCUAAAGUUUGCCAUGAAGAAGCCUAAAACCAGUGCUGUGAAGCUUCCCUUUGGGCUUUGCGGUUGUCAAGAGGAGAACUCCAAAGGGAGAGAACCUGGAGAGAUUGAAGAAGAUGGCGGCAAUGCGUACUUUGGAAAUGGGUUUGAGAGUUUGAGCCAAAAGAUUCAGCUUCAGGUGCCCUUGCCUAGUUCUUCUUUUCUUGUAUCAGUAGAUGAAUGGCAGACUAUUCAGUCAGGUGGAAAUGAGUUGGAAAAAUGGUUGUUGAACUCAGAUAGUCUUGAGUUUACAGAACAGAUUGGACCUAAUUCGUAUAAGGGCACCUACAUGGGGAAAAGGGUUGGCAUUGAGAAGCUUAGAGGGUGUGACAAAGGGAACUCUUAUGAGUUUGAGCUCAGGAAAGAUCUGCUAGAACUGAUGACUUGUGGGCAUAGAAAUAUUAUGCAAUUUUGUGGUGUUUGUGUAGAUGAAAAUCAUGGGUUAUGUGUAGUGAUGAAAUUCAUGGAAGGUGGAUCUGUUCAUGAUUUAAUGUUAAAGAACAAGAAGCUUCAGAGUAAGGAUAUUGUAAGAAUUGCAGUUGAUGUGGCUGAGGGGAUCAAGUUUAUGAAUGAUCAUGGUGUUGCAUGCAGAGACCUUAAUACACAGAGAAUUCUGUUGGAUAAGCAUGGGAAUGCUUGCUUGGGAGAUAUGGGUAUAGUCACUGCCUGCAAGAGUGUCGGAGAGGCAAUGGAUUAUGAAACUGAUGGUUAUCGGUGGCUAGCUCCAGAGGUUAUUGCGGGUGACCCAGAGAGCGUGACAGAGACAUGGAUGAGUAAUGUUUAUAGUUUUGGCAUGGUGAUUUGGGAGAUGGUAACAGGUGAAGCAGCCUAUUCUGCAUAUUCACCUGUGCAGGCAGCAGUAGGCAUAGCUGCUUGUGGCCUCAGACCUGAGAUCCCCAAGGAUUGCCCACAAACUCUAAAAACUAUUAUGACAAAGUGCUGGAACAACACCCCUUCAAAACGCCCCCAGUUCUCUGAAAUUUUAGCUAUAUUGCUGCGACCAAACAACAAUAGGUAAAUUUUUAUAGGUCUUUGUGGAAUCUAAUCUGUUGAUAGUAAUUUAUA